GUCGAGCUAGAUUUAAAGGCGACGGCCCAUAACGAGAUGGCAAGCGUAAAGCUUUUCCCUAGUCCUCUCCUUCUGCGGACGUUCUCGUAUCAGCAUUCGAGAACGUCACUGCAUUCGUUUUCUCGCUUUCCCUCUGCGCCAUUCUCGCGAUGUUUCUCCAACACCUCACGACGGGCUGCAACGUCCAUCCCUUCGGCCCCAAAGCCUGCCACACGCCCUAAUAUUGCAGCGUCUACAGAAGAAACUCUGAAAUUUGCUGGAAGACGACCGGCUGGGUUCGGAAAGCUGGAGAGAAAGGUCGCAAAAGAGGGUCAAGUUGUACUCUACAAGGCGCCGUCGCAACGGACAUAUAUUCUGGGAGCGUAUGGAAUGGCGGCUUUCUGCUUCGCUUAUGCUGUGUAUAACUCGAAUAUCACGUUUCGAGAUCCCAAGGUUCCAUUGCCCGUAUGGCAGAAGUCGCUCUUUGGUGGUGUAUGCAUUAUCAUGAGCAUCAUGGGAACGGUCUUCCUUUUCAAGACGAACCGACUGGUCAAGACGAUCACCGCCGUUAACUCAAACGGAAAGACUAUGGUUCGGUUUACCGUCCGCAACUUCAUCCCUUUCCGGAAACCCGUCGAGUUCGACGCAGUGCCUCGCCAGAUUGUGUUUUCACGUCGAGUGGUGGUCAGUCCUGAGUCCAUUGGCCCCGAUGCGGCGGACAGAUCAGCACGGAAUGAGGCUGUCUCGAAAGUGAGCUUCUUCAGAGCUCCAUUCAAGAAGAUCAGCUUCGUCCUCUGGAGGGCAUUUUGCUCUGUACGACGGCUUUUCACGCAGGAGGGGUUCGUUCUUAUUGAAGUAGAGGGCCGAAAAGGUGACUUGAGAAUGGAUCUAGAGGGCUUUAUCUCUAAUGACCUGUUCCUGGUGGGAAAUCCUGUCCAUGUGAAGUUUUCAUAAUCUGGUUCGCUGGGCGUACCCCUCGGGGUUAAGCAUCAUGGCAUUGAACAGUCUUGUUUGUUUACUCUUACUCCCGCUGUUUAAAUACUAUUCUUUCUUCUCUGGCUCUUGUUUUCCUUCUCUUCGUAAUUGCCGUUGUAGAUGCGCGCCCUUUUCCCCAGGACUUUCCGCUCUCUCCGCUAAGCAGGACUAUUCGUUGUGAGGUCACCGGUGCUAUCUGAGUUCUUGUCAGGUGGUUCUGCUCUCGUGAUAUGUUGUGAUCUCUCAUCAUAUGUUAACGGUUGAUCUGCUUUUGUCGAAUAUAUUUGACUGGAUGGUGAAGUCUAAAUACAAAGUUAGAUCCUUCACGAUUCGAUAUACUAGGACAUGACCUGGCGGUAUUAAAU